AUGAGCCAUUCUCAAUCUCCAAAUAACAGAGGGUCCAUCUUUGGAUGGGCAAAGAGUUUGAAACGAUCAAACUUGUUAUCCAACGAGUCUGUCAAUGAAAUAAGCGACAGUGACUCCAUCUCCAAAUCACCAACAAAGGCCAGUUACACCUCUCCUCAGCAUAGCCCGUUAAACAUCCCAAAUGCUAAUGCCCACAACACACAGGUCAACUCAGAUUCGCAAAACUCGUUCAAUAACUCUCAGCAGCAGCAGCAGCAGAGUCAUCACAACCAUGGGGGCAACUUCUUUGGAACAUCACCUACAGGAUCGAGUCAUCAUUCCGAUUUCUUGCGCCCCUUACUCAAUCACAAGUCAAGGUCAACCAACAACGUAUCAAGAGUGAGGUCAAACUCCUUAAAUCAGUCGGAGAGUAGUAUACGCCAGCACCGAGACUCCUUCAUGCAAACCAAUGCCCUCGUUGAUGAAAACUCAAAGUACUUUGGGGUUCCUUUGCAACAGGCUUUGAAUGAAGCGUCGGCAAAAAUAUCCAUUCUCACCGGAGAUCAAUCUGAUGGCUUGCAGUAUGGACAAAUCCCAAUUGUGGUGGCAAAGUGUGGUGUGUAUUUGAAAAAGAAUGGAUUAACCGUGGAGGGUAUAUUCAGGGUGGGCGGCUCUUCCAAAAGGAUUAAAGAUUUGCAAGUUAUUUUCAACACGCCGCCCUCCUUUGGUAAACAGUUAAAUUGGGAUGGAUAUACAGUGCACGAUGCUGCGUCUAUUUUGCGGAGAUAUUUAAAUGCACUUCCCGAACCACUCGUACCUUUGAACAUGUACGACGACUUUAGAGAGCCGUUGAGAAAUAGGAAAAGAAUAAUCAGCUACAUGCAGUAUAAAGCAGAAAACCCGUCAAAGAGUCUCAAACAAGCUAGUGUGGAAGACGUUUCAAGUGAAUCCCAGAUGUUGACUGAAGCUAACGUCGAAAAGUUUAAUGGCAAUAGUGUACCGGAUUUCAGGGGGCGCAACGAUUCAAACGUGUCUUCGCAUCCGACAAGUUCAAUUCAGCCGCCAACAGAACAACUGCAAUUGCAACCACAGAAACAGCAUUUGGAUAAGCUGCAAUUGCAACCACAAAAUUCUACCGAAGAAGAGGAAAUUGCGCUCAAGAACAAGAAAAAGUCGAAAAACUAUAAGAAACUCACGCGAGAUGUCCAUGCAGCCAUUGAUGACUACAAGCACUUGGUGAAUGAUUUGCCGGUUGCAUCGAAGCAACUAUUAUUCUAUGUGUUGGACUUGCUAGCUAUGGUUCGAAAUCAUCUGAAGGAGAAUUUGAUGAGCUCGCGAAAUUUGGCAGCCAUUUUUCAACCACUGAUUCUUUCACACCCCAACCACGAUCUAGACCCUGAAGAAUACGCCUUGUCUCAGCUCGUUGUGGAGUUUUUGAUUCACUACGCGUACAAGCUUUUGCCAACACAUACUUCAAAGUCGACGCCAAUAGAUGCCAGCGAAGAGGUUGUCCCCAAUGAACCGCCACAAGCGUUGCAGAGCGCAGUGACUUCUACAAGCACAACCCCUUUGGAGAGUGCCACGUCGCUAUCAAAAAAUGACCUACUGCUGAAAGAACCUAUAGUACUGGCACAGCCUGCACCUCCGCCAUUUAAUCGUCGACAUUCGAAAAGCUUGAGCUCGGCGGGAAAUCAUGAGGACUUGGUAGUGGGUUAUCAACACAACGUCACUGGAUCAAUUCCGUUUGAAUCAGAUAUGGAUUAUGAGAUAUCCGACGAAAAUGACAUAGGUUCCGAUGUUGAAGAGUCGUAUUUCCACCAGUCGAGGUUAGCCAACAGUCCAAUGAGGAUAAAUUUUGAUAAUGAAAGGAGCGAGGUGAAGCCUGAUGAUUCAAAGAAUGGUGCGAGUGAAGAGCCUGUUAUUGUUGUAACUACACCCGGUUCAGGACCCUCCCCUGCAGCUGCUAAGGUUGAGUAG